UAAACAAUACGGGUCCACUGGGGAUCAAUUGCCGUCUACUUCCUAAGUCUGUACAGCUUCACGAUGGACUUCGUCAAUAGCACACCGAUACACUGUCUGAAGAAUUCACUGCUAUCAGGCUUGUCCUAUCAUUGUGAAGCUAGUGAUCCUGAUGGUCCAUGUGCUGCAUUUCCAUAUUCGUUUCUGCCACAGAUAACCGCUUACCCCAUCUUAUAACACCCCAUCCAUUAUCGUCAUCUCACCUCACUUCAGUCACUCAUCAACAACUCUGGGAUUUGAAGCAGCGUUCAUGUCGAAAUGGGCGCCAAGACAUCUGAAGACGAUCACUCUGGAGGAAAUGGCCAAGGACCACUCUCGUCCAAACCAUCCUCUGCAGGCGGAGAGCCACUUGGCGCUCAUCUUGCCCGCGAUGGCGACGGUAGUUUGGGAGGCGAAGGGGGCGACGACGACGACGACGACGAUGAUGAUAACAACACUCCUACCGGACCGUUAACCGACGGCGCUGGUAAGAAGAAGAAAAAGAGAAAGCCAAAGAAGAAGAAGAAGGCUCCUACACAGCAAUCUUCACCUCCCAGAGUCCCGCUGAGUGAUCUCUUCAAAGAGUUUCCCGCUGGUGAAAUUCAGGAUUACAACACCGCUCGUACCACAGCUAAAGAACUUCGCUUCAUGGGUCGUCGACAGCUCGAAGACCCAGAGUUUCUGAACGAUUAUCGAAAGGCUGCUGAAGUUCAUCGUCAGGUCCGACAGUGGACGCAGCAGAACGUCAAGCCGGGUGAUAAACUCAUUGAUAUCGCUAAUGGUAUUGAAGAUGGCGUGCGCGCGCUUUUGGGGAAUCAGGGUAUUGAACCUGGUGAUAACCUCAAGGCUGGAAUGGGGUUUCCGACCGGCCUUUGCUUGAACCAUGAAACUGCGCAUUAUACGCCUAAUCCUGGUCAGAAGGAUGUUGUUCUCAAGUAUGAGGAUGUCAUGAAGGUUGACUUCGGCGUGCAGAUCAAUGGUUGGAUCGUUGAUAGUGCAUUCACCAUGUCGUUUGACCCUACCUACGAUAAUCUUCUGAAUGCCGUCAAAGAUGCUACCAACAGCGGCAUCAAGGCUUCUGGAAUCGACGUUCGUAUCUGCGACGUCAGCGCCGCAAUCCAAGAAGCAAUGGAGAGCUACGAGGUUGAAAUCAACGGCAAGACAUACCCCGUCAAACCCGUCCGCAACAUCUCAGCGCACAACAUCAAGCACUACCAGAUCCACGGUGGAAAGUCGAUCCCGUUUAUCAAGAACAGUGAUCAGACUAAGAUGGAGGAAGGUGAAGUGUUUGCCAUUGAGACGUUUGGUACAACCGGCACUGGACGACUUUACGACGAUGUGGGCAUUUAUGGCUACGGUUUGCAUCAUGAUGCGCCGAGACAUGUCAACCUACCAUUUGCGUCGGCGAAUAGACUUUAUAAGGUCAUUCGUGAGCAGUUUGGUACUAUUGUCUUUUGUCGUCGAUAUCUUGAGCGUUUAGGCCAAGAGCGAUAUCUCGCUGGUCUAAACUCUUUGGUCUCGAAUGGCAUUCUUGAAGCGUAUGAACCGCUCGCUGAUAUCAAGGGUUCUUACUCGGCGCAGUUCGAGCAUACUAUUCUGCUUCGAGAGUCGCAUAAGGAGGUCAUUAGUCGUGGAAGUGACUACUAAAUUGAGAAUGAUUCAAUAUUUGUGAAAUUGGGAAUGGGAAGGGUUCAACAUGAUAUCGGAAUGGUUUCAACAACAUUUCCUGCUGCUGGGCAGUAGUCCCAACACCACUGCAUAUAGCUACGGUCUGGCUUCAACAUGCCUGCCUGAGUUUACAUUCGUAUGAUAGUUUAGUCUGUCACUAUCUUUACCAAAUCUAUUUGCACUCACAUAUUCACGUCGGUACAUGACUUGACGGCAGAUGCUGAACUCUUGGCAUGUUCGGUGAUUUCCC